CAAGGGUCCCAUGGAGCAGCCCCUCCUUGGUGCAGAAAGCACUUGCACCAUGGGUCUAAAGAGGCUGCAGCUCAUUAGUUAAGUUUCAAAGUCUCUCUUUAGAUGGUUCCCCAAGCCAGUGGUGUGCUCUGUUGCUCUACAGAAACUGCCUGCUCCAUCAGGAUUUUAAGCUGAUGGGAUUUGUAGCACUUCAGCUUCUGCAUGAAGCUUCCCUGGUGGUGCCUCACACUCCACUUGUUCAGUCAACUUGAGCCACGCAGUCCUUGUUGACUCUGUUCCCUCACGUUGGGUGGGGAGACCUUAGGAUGGAUGGACUGUGCCUGGUCUCCAGAUUUUUGCUUUUGCUGGGAAGCUUUCUUUUUCUUGGAUUUAGGAUAUUUUUUAGAAUCAGAGGAAGGUUUGGGUUGGAAGGGACCUUAAAGAUCAUCUGGAUCCAACCCCCCUGCAUGGGCAGGGACACCUCCCACCGGCCCAGGCUGCUCCAAGCCCCAUCCAACCUGCCCUUCAACACUGCCAGGGAUGGGGCAGCCACAGCUUCCCUGGGCAGCCUGUUCCAGCAUCUCACCACCUUUUUCAACUUCCUGGGAAAAGCUUCUGUGCCUUUUGCCUUGGUUCAGCCCAAAUCUCUUCCCGUUCGGCGACUGCGUUUCUGUUCCUCAACUUCUCACCGUGUUUUCUUUUCAGAACGAGGACGUGCUAAAGGUAGGCUGCAGGUGUCCCCUGUGCAUGCGCUUGAUCUUGGACAUGGAGUGGUACUGGUGGCAGCUGGAUGAGGAGGUGGCGAGGACUCCGUACCAGAACAUGAUGGUGGAGAUCCUUUGCCAUGGCUGCAGCGCCCGCUCUUCCGUGCAGUUCCACUUCUUGGGCCUGAAGUGCCAAGCCUGUGAAUCCUACAGCACUGUCCAAGAUCCAAAAUGCCAGCUGCCUUUGGAGGAGCAGUGACCAAGCUGUGCUCAAGCUGGAUAAGGAAGACUCUGCUGUGGAAGGGGCUGCCUGUCCCAAAGCCUCACUUGUCAGUAAAAAUACAUUCGAAGCUGUCACAGCACCAGGGAAAUGCUACCAAGGUUUAAUUCAUGCUGCUGCAAAGGAGUUGUGCUCAUUGUGCCCCCUCCCUGGUGGACAGAGCAGGCAGGAGAUGCCCCCCUUGAGCAGCAGGAUUCCCAGUGCAGGUUAGUGUCAGGAGAGGGUGGCAUCCUUCAGAGGUGGUGUCAGAGGAGGGAUAGCCUAGAGGAAUAACUGGUGAGAGGCAAAAUGAGAAGUGAGAUGCAGCUGGCACAGCAGCAGGGGUUUGGGGUCAGUUGAAGGUUGUGAGGAGCAGGGCAGGAGGUGGAAGUACCAGCUCUUCUGGUUGCAGCUGUUGGGGAAAAUGGGUCAUGUUGAGAGGCCUUUUCCCAGAAAGCUGCCAUCUGCAGAGUUUCAUGCAAGUACAUUUUGUUCCUUCUCCGUUACACGUGUGUUCUGGGGGCCUCAGAGACCUUGGUGCCAGUGGCUGGAGAGAGUGAGCUUGCAGAAGUCUCCUCCUUUGGCUUGAUCCUUGGGAACCAGGCUGGCCUGCCUGCAGGCUUGCCCUCAGCAGCCUAAAAAUGGAGCCACAAGGCCACCCUCCUCCUCCCACACCCAUCUGACCUGCUGCCUCUUCCCUCAGGUUCCUUUGCCAGCUGCAAUCACAUUUAUUCCUCUUUUUACUUCACUUACAAAGGUGUGAAGGGCUUUAGAGGAGCCUGGAGCUCAGGGUUUUGCUGCUGAAGUCUUCAAAGUGAGGCACACAAAGUGUGCCAACUUUGACAUCAGCCCAACUCAUCAGGCUGAGCCUGAGGUGUUUGCUAGAGCAACAGCAGCUCUGAAAGGCACUGUGGUUGUGCAGGGAUCAGUUCUCUGUUUGGGGUUUUUUAUUUAGUGGUGUCUGGUGUGAUUGGGGGAAGGGGAAGAAUGGAGGAGUGCUUUUAAAACAAGCCCACAGACCUUCCCAGCCUUCAUGUGAUCCCCUGCCCGUGUUUUUUUUGCUAGAAGAUCUUGGUUUCUGGGAGUUCCAGAACGUGGAAAUCAUGCUCAGGAGUGAAAUAAAAUGUUAUCAAGGAGCCCAGUUGCUCUGCAUCAUAAAA